AUGUCUGGUGACGCCGUUCAGACCGCCACCCCGGCCGAGGUUGCCGUCGAGGCCACCCCCGUCGCCGUUGUCGAGUCCACCCCUGCUGCCGAGACCGCCCCGGCUGCCGCCACUGCCGAGACCGAGGCCCCUGCCGCCGCCGCCGCCGCCGCCCAGCCCGAGUCCCAGGUCACCAUGGACUACACCACCGUCAACCAGCUCCUCGAGCUGCGCAGCACUUUCACCGCCCUGCCGGCGGCUUUCGAGAACUUCCCGAUGAAGAUCCGCCGCGAUACUCCGAUUGUCCAGCGCGACACCAGCGGCCCGGCUCCCCUCCGUCGUUCGCAGCCGCGCAAGCCCUCCGGCCCCGGCCAGCCCUCGGUUCUGGGCACUCGCCAGCGCAACGACCCGAUCCGCCCCUUCCGUAACCUGCUCAACAAGCUGGCUCCGGACAACUUCGAGAUCCUGUUCCUGGAGUUCGAGAACUCCAUCCUCCCCCUGAUCCAGAACGCCAUCGUCCUCAACCAGGUGGUCGAGGUCAUGGCCGAGAAGAUCCGCGAUGAGCCCCUCUACUCGGACCUCUACGCCACCUUCUGCGUCCGCCUGCACAAGAUCGAGACGAUGAUCUAUGGCCCGCCGCGUGACGACCUGAUCAAGUUCAUCAGCAGCCCCGACUUCACCCCGGAUCUCACGGAGAAGCGCCCCUUCGGUGUCAUCUUCCGCACCCUGCUGCUGAACUUCUGCCGCCAGUCCUUCUACCAGAUCUCCGACUCGCCGAAGGAGCAGCUCACCGACGAGGACCGCGCCAAGAUGACCAGCAUUGAGAUCGACGAGUUCGAGCUGGCCUACUUCCGCGAGAAGCGCCACAACGCCGGCCUCAUCAUGUUCAUCGGCUCGGCCUUCGUGCAUCGGCUUCUGCACUCCGGCAUUCUCAAGGAGUGCAUCCUCUACCUGACCCGGGCGUAUGACAACUCGGUGCCCGCCGACGAGCGUGACAUCGACUGCCUGCUGAACCUGCUGAAGAUCAUCGGCCCGGCCGUGCAGGAGAUGUCCGACAUCAGCAAGAAGGAGCCCGACAACACCUACCAGCAGCUGCUCAAUGUCACCAGUGAGCGCGUGCGCCGCCUGUCCCAGAUCCCGGGGCUGCCCAACCGCCCGCGCUUCAUCCUGAUGGACAUCCUGGACAUGAUUUCUUCGCAGUUCGUCAAUGUCGUGCGCGUCGGGCCGCGCCGGUCCGAUGAGCCGGCUCGCGAGACCCCGGCGGCCGGGACCAGCGGCGAUGGCCGCUCCCGCCGCGGUGGGGCCUCCGGCCCCGGCGGCAGCGAGGAGAACCGUCGCGCCCCGAAGAGCAGCCUGCGCAUCGGCGGCUCCCAGAAGAUCGUCCCCAUCAGCAGCGACUUCUUCUCGGACCUUAGCCGGAGCAGCCGCUCCAGCCGCUCGUCGGCCAGCACCGCGGCCGCGGCCCAAUCCGCCACCACCACCCGCGCCGCCCUGUCCAACGACAAUGCCUUUGCCCUGCUGCAGGCCGACUCUGCCUCGACCGCCGCUCCGGCUGCCUCGGCCGCCCCGGCCAAGCCCGCCGUCGAGUACCCGGCUGCCUCGCAGGUCUCCCAGGCCCUGGCCUCCUUCAAGUCUUCCUACUCGCCGGAGGAUGUGGAGGAUGUCAUUGCCCUGUUCAAGGAGGCCGACCCGACCGAGGAGGCUGCCAUCGCCGCGGCCUUUGCCUUCAUUUCCUGGUACCUGGACCUGCCGAGCUCCUUCUACUCCAAGGCCGAGGAGGUCAUGCAGGUUGUCUUUGCCGGUCUGCCCGCCGGGGCCAUCGUGGCCGCCUUCGGCCGCCUGUGCGAGGACAUUGAGGACAUCCUUGUGGAUUGCCCCCGUGCCUUCGAGAUUGCGGCCUCGCUGCUGGUCAAGCUGGCCAAGUUUGUCGAUGGUGGCAUGGAUGCCGUCAACGCCAUGCUCCCCGCGGCCUCCACCAAGGUCGACAUCACCACCAUCAACGACGGUGCCCUCGUCAAGGCCAUCGCCGGGGAGGUGGCCAAGGCCAACUAAAGGGGUCUCAUAUAUCACAUAUGGCCCGGUGUGCGUGUGUGUGCGCGUGUGUGCGUAUGGGGCGGGGAUGUGGCAACACACCCCGGAGUGGUACAUCCUCUUCUCCUGUGGAUUUCCUCCCCCCUACCGCGCGGAUGUGCCCAGGCCGCCUCCCUUUUGCGUGGGCCCCUUCUGCUGCCACGCAGCCAGGGUCCCGGCGAAGAGUCGUAGAAAAAUACAUGCUUCCUCCUGUUUGCA